AUGUCAUCUGCCUCUAUAAAUGGAAUUCCAGCCAAAAUGGGAGUGUCCGAGUGUCAACAAUUAGUCAUUCGAAUGUUAACUCUUGCCCAUCAUGAAUUAGUACUUCUUUCUUAUUGUUUUGGAAAAUCAAAUAAAGAUACACACAGACUUGAACAUGAAGCACGACUUGCAGACAAAAUGGUGGUUAAUCAAGACGAUCUCCUCCAAACGAACCAGGGAUUUCGAGAUCUGACGCACGCUGGUCUUCCGCAGAAGAGAGUUGUCGGCGUGAUAUCGGCAGUAACUGCUUCCUUUAGCGUCUUGAAGGGGAUAGCAGACAAUGUCGAUUUUUCCCGUGUAUGUGUCAUUGGACUUAAGAACCUUGGUAACCGGAAGCUCGUGGAUCCCACUUGGUAUUUGUCUCACGGUGUAAUUCGUCAGCCUCUUCCUCGAUAUUUGCCGGCUGGGGACGCAGGAAUUUUUACUUUUGAGAAAACAAGCUAUGCUACGGCGGGUACUUCCGGAGUACUGACGUACACCGUUUUCGGGACAAACCACCAGGUGGCUGUUUUCUGGAGUGUUCCAUUUUUCUUUGGAAUAAACUCGAACGAGCUUCACGUCCAGGUAUGGACAAAUGCCCAUGCAAAUGAAGCGUUAUUUAAAAGCAUGGAAGCUGAUGAAGAGAAAUUGACUGUGUGGAAUUCUGGACAUUGGUUGUCAGCUAGUGGAUACGGAAUCACGGUUAAUGCCGCCAUGACGAAUGCCGCGAAAGCCUCUCUCCUAGUGGAGGUGGAGUUUAACAUCACAAAUCCAGAGCCGGAAAUAUUUGGUUGA